AUGAAUUUUAUACAAAGGGCUGCUUAUCGUUAUGGAUAAACCAAUCUCUCCAAACUUGAGUAAAUUGGAUUAAGCCAUACCAAAAGUGUCAAUUUGUCCCGACCACCAAGAAAUUUCAAUCCAGGACAAUAAGCCCCAAUAGCUUAUACUGAAUAAUUCACUUAUCCAAAGGACUACAGACCUUGGACUAUCAAUUACAAUAAGGAUGGUGCUUUUUGGAUGGUGAUGAGUAUUUCUUGGUUUGCAUAUUUUUCAUAUGAGUUGGCAUACUUGAGAAGAACAGAGCAAGAGGAAAGACCUAAUAAGGAUUAUUAUGCUUCUUGAUGAAGUUAAUAAAUACAUAAUAUAAAUUAUUAAAAUCGA